AGGAGAACCCAAGUAAUUUAAAAACCAGAUAAAAUUCAAUUAUUAUUUUGUCAGAUAAAAUUCCAUUUUAUCCACAUAUCAUAUAAAAUUAAAAUACUUAUGUGGCAGAAUCUAGUAAAAUGCCUCAUGUAGGAAACUAGAUAUAUAUGUUCUCUCACGUGUUGGAGACGGACCCGGCUCCAAAGAUCAUGCUCUCUGCUUCUGCUCAGAAAGGCAUGGGAAAGAUCUUGGGCACCAAAAGACUGCAUGCAUCCAAAACCCAUGAGAAUUUGGCCGUGGUGCCGCCAUGGCUGACGGUGAUGUAUAGCACAGUAUUUUUCAGUGCUUGCAUUCUACAUCCCGAGGAAAAGAAGAAUGAGUUGGAUCGUUUCUGCAUCGAUUGUCUUCAGUCCUUCUGUUCCCAUUGCCUUCCAGCCCAUGCUGUUCACAAAAAUUUCAAGAUUCGGAGAUAUAUCUACAGCGACGUGAUCAAUCGUCAGGAUUUAUGCAAGCUGUUCAAUUGUUCAGGCAUACAAGAUGAAAAUGUUUGCCAUUCACAGACUUAUCUCACAAACAAAGCCAAAGUGCUGUUCUUGAAGCAAAGAACUCAUCCCUGCCAACAACAACAAAGUAAUUCAAAGGAUUACAGCUGCUACUGCAUUGUCUGCGACAAAAGCUUGCAAGAUAUCUCAUCACUCUAUUGCAGUAUUGCUUGCAAGGUGAAAGCCAUACAUGAAGAUGAACAGAGGGAAGAAACCAGGGCUAAUGGCAAUCCGCUGUUGCGCAGUCUCAAAGGUGAAGGAAGGUAUCUGCCAUUAUUACCAGCUUUGAAAAGUAAAAAAAUAAAGCACACAAGGAAAGGAGUCCCAGUGAGGGCCCCCAUGUUCUGAUGAGGAUUAAUUAGGUCCAGCUUGGUAGAUAAUAAUAUACAUAUACAUAAAUAAUAUGUAUCAGUAUUAAAUUUUAUAAAAAAAAUUAAAAUUU